ACUCUGAGUCAGCAUAGACGAUCUUUGACGCGGCGUGUUUCCUGGCAAUGUUCCUGUCUGUUGAAGGAAGUUCAAUCCGAUCGAAUCAUGGCUGGAGAGUCAAAUCUGGACUCUUCCUUGUUGGACUCUUGUAUUUUCUGUUCUAUAGCCAGUGAACAGGACAAAGAGGCGAAAAUUCUCGCAAAGACUGAUGAGAUACUGUGUUUUAGGGACAUCGAUCCAGCAGCACCUCACCACUACCUGGUCAUACCCAGGGAGCACAUACACAGUUGCCUAUCUCUACAGAGGAAACAUAUCAACCUCAUUAAAAAAAUGGCUGAGAUGGGAAAACGUGUGCUACAAACUCAAGGGGUGACUGACAUGAACGAUAUAAGUCUGGGAUUCCACAAACCCCCUUUUAUUUCAGUCAAUCACCUCCACCUUCACGUGAUCGCCCCCAGCAGUCAAAUAUGCGACUUUAUGAUUUAUAAAUUUAUUCCAGGGACGGAAAGCUUUAUUUUGCAGGAAAAAGAUCUACGGAAACGUUUGGAGAAAAGUGAAAAACAACAGAACGCAAAGUCACUGAAUUGCUUUUCAUGGUGAUGGCAAAGGAUUAUAAGGAUUUUUAAAGUAUUUAUUUAUAUGUUAGACUUUUUAAACAUUGUGCCUUGAUGUUUGUGGACUUUUAGUUAAAAUAUGGAUAUAAUUGGUAAGGUACUGUAUGAAUAAUAUGAACUGUAGAUGUUUAUUAAUUUAUGUUAGGGAUAAAGAAAAAAAUAUACAUAUGAGUAGUCAGAACGGUCAGAUUAUUAAUUGUCCCAUAACAUAUCUGGGAUUUUAUUACUUUCAAUUUUUUUUAAACAGAUUAUGGUUAUGAAGGAAGCUGCAGCCAAUCCCAGCAGUUGCUGGGUAAAAGACGGGAUACAACCAAUGACCUCAAUACAUAAGAAGUAAACUCCAAAGACAUUUAUCAAGUAUUCUGUGGUUCUAUUUCUAGUUUUAGGGGUUUUGUCCUCAAAACACAAUGUUAGUUAUGUGUAUUAUGACUGAAACAUAGAGAAAUAAAUGCACAGACGUUACUUUAUCUUCUGAACAUACCCAGGUAUUUCUGAGACAGCCAGAAUCCCUUUUUAUUUCACAACUUUUACUUUGCUUUCCACAUGUCAGGUUGCCAGUCGACCACAGUCACAUCCUGUAUAUAGUAUAUGUACAGAGAAGACACCAGACAAACAAACAGUGGUUUUCUUUGGCAGUGUAGGGCAACAGCACUAACUAAUGAAUACAAUGAUGUGGGAAGUAAAAUUAUAACUGAUGUGGCCGGAGUUUGUUCAUCCUUUUCCUGCUUUUGAGCAAGGCUAUAAAUGAUACUACUGUGUUAAAAAUAUGUUCUACUGUAUUAAACAAUAUUGUGAUUAAUGGA